AUGUUAAAGUUGUUUGGUAUCAUAAACGAGCUUUCAAAUGUCUUGCAAAGAAAAGAUCUUAAUAUUGUGAUUGUCAUGGAAUUAGUUGAUGUUGUCAAAAUUCGAUUGGCCAUAACGAGAGAGAGUGGUUGGGAUACUUUAUUUGCUGAUGUUCAAGAUUUUUGUGUUGCUAAAGGUAUUCUAGUGCCAAAUAUGGAUGGCAAAAUACCGGUUCGGGGACGUUCAAGGGUAGAAGAGAGGACUAUCACUAAUUUUCAUCAUUACCGUGCAAAAAAAAUUUAUGUUGCUAUUGACAAAAUAUGCGUGGAGAUGGGUCAUCGCUUUAGUGAAGGAAGUAACGUUAUACUUGAUUGCUUCUCACGUUUUGACCACAAGAACUCUUUCUCCAAGUUUGAUUGUCUUGCUGAUAUUUAUCAUGCAGACUUUUCUAAUGAUUACCGAGGAAGAAUUAGGGAUCAACAUGACACUUAUGUUCUUCAAGUGAGAAGAAAUGUUUCAUUUUCGAGUUGUGAAGAUGUUCAAAGUUUGAAGAUGGUUCAAACUGAGAAGCAUUUGGUAUUUUCAUUAGUUUAUAAAUUUAUUGAGUUAGCUUUGAUAUUGCCGGUGUCGGCAACAUCCGUUGAAAGAGCCUUUUCAACAAUGAAGAUUAUCAAGUCUAAAUUGCGCAAUAAGAUCAACGAUGUGUGGUUCAAUGACUUGAUGAUAUGUUACACCGAGAGGAAGAUAUUCAAAUCACUUGACGAUAUUGAUAUUAUUCGAACAUUCUCCGCAAAGAAGUUUCGGAAAGGACAUUUGCCUCGUAAUUUUAUUUAA